CAAAUCCUCCGCCUCCCGUAGCGCCAUCAUCCUUGGCAGUUGAGGCGGCGGCGGCAAGUAGCUGCAACGUGCAGGUGGAACGCAGACCCUGGGCAGCACUUUUCUCAACUAGUAAGGCUGACACAGCCCAGAACAUGGCAUCAGAAGACAUUUCUAAGCUGGCAGAGUCGCUUGCCAAAACACAGGUGGGCGGAGGACAGCUGAGUUUCAAAGGAAAGAGCCUGAAGCUCAAUACAGCAGAAGAUGCUGAAGAAGUGAUUAAGGAGAUUGAGGAGUUUGAUGGCAUGGAAGCACUGCGUCUGGAAGGAAACACUGUGGGUGUGGAGGCGGCAAAGGUCAUAGCCAAGGCUUUGGAGAAGAAACCAGAGCUCAAGAGAUGCCACUGGAGUGAUAUGUUCACUGGAAGGCUGAGAUCUGAGAUCCCUGCUGCUCUGAUCUCUCUUGGGGAGGCCCUUGUUUCCGCAGGCUGCCAACUUGUAGAGCUGGAUCUGAGUGACAAUGCCUUUGGGCCAGAUGGGGUGCGUGGAUUUGAAGCAUUGCUGAAGAGCCCUGCUUGUUUCACCUUGCAGGAACUCAAGCUAAACAACUGUGGCAUGGGCAUUGGCGGUGGCAAGAUCUUGGCAGGCGCUCUGCAAGAAUGUCACAGGAAGUCAAAUGCUCAGGGCAAGCCUUUAGCUCUGAAAGUAUUUGUUGCUGGACGGAACCGCCUGGAAAAUGAUGGUGCAACUGCUCUUGCUGAGGCUUUCAGGAUUAUUGGCACGUUGGAAGAAGUGUAUAUGCCACAGAAUGGAAUCAACCAUCCAGGAAUUACAGCAUUAGCACAAGCCUUUGCUCUCAAUCCCUUGCUGAGGGUGAUCAACCUGAAUGACAACACUUUUACAGAAAAGGGGGCUGUGGCCAUGGCAGAGACCCUGAAGAAACUCAGACAGGUGGAAGUGAUCAACUUUGGUGACUGCCUGGUGCGUUCAAAAGGUGCGGUUGCUAUUGCUGAUGCUGUUAAAGAGGGGCUCCAUAAACUCAAGGAGCUCAACUUAUCGUUCUGUGAAAUCAAGCGAGAUGCUGCUCUGAUUAUCGCUGAAGCUACUGAAGAUAAGUCGGAGCUAGAAAAGCUUGAUCUCAAUGGCAAUUGCCUUGGGGAGGAAGGCUGUGAACAGAUUCAGGAGAUCCUUGAAAGCUUCAACAUGGCAGAGGUGCUUGGAUCCCUGAGUGAUGAUGAGGGGGAUGAUAAUGAAGAUGAGGAUGAUGAAGAUGAGGAUGAUGAUGUGGAUGAAGAGGAGGAAGAGGAGGAGGAGGAAGAAGAAGAAGAAGAAGAAGAACCUUCUCCAGUGCAGGAGAGGGGGCAGGGAGAACAAGAAUUGCUAACUCCUAAAAAAUUUUUAGAUACUCAUGAGUCCACUCCAGUGUCUUCUACUCUUCCUCCUGUGGAUGUUGGUACAUUUCUUGCUUUUCCCUCUCCGGAGACAGACACUUCUGAUGUUGAGAAGGUAGUUAUGGUUUUUCUGAAGAUCUCUUCUGUGUUCAAAGAUGAAACGACAGUGAAGACAGCAGUGCAUGAAACAACAGAUGUGUUGAUGAGGGAAGCCUUCUCUUCAGCUACCUUCAAUUCUGAUGCUUUCAUUACUAGCCUCCUGAUCCACAUGGGAUUACUCAAGAGUGAAGAGAAGAUCAAAGCUGUUCAAAGCCUUUAUGGCCCUCUGAUGACUCUGAAUCACAUGGUCCAGCAGGAUUAUUUCCCCAAGUCUCUCGUCCCAGUACUCUUGGCCUUUGUCACAAAGCCCAACCGUGCUUUGGAUUCCUGUUCUGUUGCUCGCCACUUACUGUUGCAAACUCUCCAUCAGCUGUAGCACAUGAGCAGCUGCCAUAGGACUGUCAUAGGACUGUCAGCAAAGCGUUCCAAGAUGGAGAGCAAGAAAAGACAAUUAGAACUUAGGGAUGAAAAACCUUUCCUGUCUUGUCUCCAGGAUGUUUGGCCGCCGUCUGCUAUAACAAACUUUGAGGAACUCUGCACUAUGCUUUUUAUGUUUUUGUGGUUUUUUCAUUAUUGUUAUUUUAAGCUCAAUUUUUCCAACUUGAACUCUGCCUUCCCUGUUUUAUCUGUACAGUUUUUUGUUCCACUAGUCCUUUCCUGAUUUUCCUACACUUGUUUUGUUUCGAUUUCUGUUUUCAAAUUCAGCUGUUGUCAGGAUUUGAGACCCACCUGUUGUCUCAAAUUGCAUUGUGUGUCAAAGAACUUCCUCCCUUGGGGCAGCGGCAGCAGCAGCAGCAAAAUUCUGAAUGUAGCUUUAUUACGCCAUUGUGUCUGAAGCACAAUUAGGUUUGUGGUUUUUUCCCUUGUUGUUGACCAUCACCUAGGUAGAAACCAAUGUUUCUGCUUUGUUUCUCUGAGAUUUGGGAUGUCUGUGUGGAAUGUGGCAAAUAUCCCUAAGAAACAGACAUUUCAUUGCCUGUCUGGUUCUCAUGAGUGAUCUUUCACCACUUUUCAUUGGAUUUUUCCACUAAUAGGACUGAUUCUGGUGGCCUGCUGUUGUGAUACUGCUUUAUGCACACACAUGUGCUCAAUUAAAAUAGAUUUGGUUCAGAAUAAGCAAAAUCCGUUGUGGCUGUCCUUAAAAUCAGUUCCUCUUUAUUCUUUCUCUUCCUGUCAGUGGGGAUCAUUGUUGUCCAUGGAGUAGCAGGUUUCAUCGGUUCAGCUUGGGGGAUGUUUACUGCAUAAGGAGGAAUUAGGCUAAUCAAA